CGGAUAACUGUUGCACCUGGGCGUCUUGAAUAUCUGCUGCGUCGUGCCGCUACGCAGUUCUCAUUCAAUCGCGAUCGAGCCAUAUCGAGAUCGAAUUUCUCUACCGCUAAUUGGCUGCCUCGCCAAGAGAUCCCCAAGAGGGGCCAAUCACGAACGAGAAACUCGAUCACGACUCGAGCGAGAUAUUGAUCGAAUGCAACUGUGCGAAACAGUCCGGGCAUUCUAUGUUCGAAUCGUUGUUCUUUUUUUUUAAUUAGCAUUUAGAAGUGAUGCCACAUAAACUUCGUUUCAAAGCGAAACAUUGGUCAUCAUUUGUAAAUUGGUCAUCGUGUAAAGCUACAUUUGUUUCAUAUCAUAUUUCUCCUUGUUUGCCAGGUUGAAAUGAAUAAAAUUGGUACGCCACUAGUAAUUCCAGACUUCGUUAGAGACCUCUUCACUGUGAGGAUGGCAUCUUGGCUGACCCACCGAUUUAAACCUCAUCGGCACGCGAGGAGAAGGGAGAAGAAGUUUGCCAAUGGCCAAGGUGGCAUGGGUGUGAGCCGAAACUUUAGGAUGUACAUGUAUUGAUGUCUCGGUCCGCUUCACUGUAGACAUCGCCUGGUGCAUGCGCAACGUAUUUUAACCGUUUGCCAUCGUACUCAAACCGAAGUCGCGCAUUUAAUCUCAACUGCGAUGCUCGACCCGGAGGUGACCACAGACAACGCAGUCUCCCCACUGGACACGUUAGACGAGCUUCUCAGCUUCAAGAGUCCGCCACUGUGCGCCGUGCAGCCGUUGAGGGACGUAGCGCGUGGCAGACCCGAGGACCCGAAAACCCUCCUGUGCCACGACCACAUACGCGGCUGCUAUCAACAAGACAGGUUCGUCCAUGGUUGUGCCAACCCCAAAAGCUACCGGUUCUACCACUGGCAAGUAAUCGACACCUUUGUCUAUUAUUCGCCUUACAUGGUCACCAUUCCACCUCCCGGUUGGAUAUCGGCUGCUCACCGACACGGCGUCAAAGUGCUGGGAACCUUCCUUGUCAAGUCACAUGAGGGCCCAGAUGUUCUUGACCGAAUCAGGCGUGACAACCUCUUGAUGAAAGUGGCAUCUCAGCUGGCUCUUGUUGCGAAUCUCUCCCACUUUGAUGGGUGGCUUAUCGACAUUGAGAGCAAGAUGGAUAAGUGCCAAAUUAGAUUCCUCAUGAAAUUGCUCUUAGCCAUCACCACGCAAACCCACCAGGCCGUCCCCGGUUCAUUGGUCAUCUGGUAUGACAGCAUCACGAACGACGGAACACUGCACUGGCAGAGCGAGCUGAACGAGAAAAACUGUGACUUCUUCAAACUUUGUGACGGAAUAUUCCUCAAUUCGCGCUGGACUGAGGACAUGCUCCAGGAGUCGGCGUUCUUUGCGGGCACCCGCAAGAGUGACAUUUACGUCGGCAUCGAUGUCUACGGACAGGCGACGAGUUAUGUCGGUGGCUUUGAGACAUACAGGGCGGUCGAUACGGUACGUAUGCUCGGCUUGUCGGCAGCCAUCUUUGGUGCCAGUUGGGUGUACGAGACAAAGGACAAGAGGCUGUUCGAGCAGAAUCAGGGCCGGUUAUGGAGCUUCCCCGACUACUGCUGCCCCAAAUGGUGCUUGAAAGCACCACCCGUCUCGAGCUCUUUCUGCCAGGGCUUCGGUUACAAACUGUACAAGAAAGGGAAGGUGGUGUCAAUGCGAUCGUGGUUCGACCUGUCGAAGCAGCAGCUGCAGCCACGGGACCAGAGCAAAUGGCUGUGCCAAGGAUGCGGGUCGGCUGUUAUUUACACGGACGACGCUUACGACGGGGGCGGCUGCCUUCGGCUUCGCUUCUUGCCCGACCCGAAGCAGCCAGAUGCCGUGCCUUACUUUAGGCUGUUCAACUGUGAUUUCCCGCUGGGCCGUCUGGCAGUGAGCUACACUUUCAAGCAACAGAAAGAAGACGUCUCGGUGGAGAACGACGUCGCGCUGGUCUUGAGAGCGAGAACCGGCACAGGCAAAAGGGAGGAACUCCGACUGGGCAUCGUCGUCGUGCCCGACGAGCGUUAUGCCGUGGCCCGCGAUGUCUCCCUGGCCUGCUGCAACGACAGUGUGGAUGCUUCCGGACACAGUUGGAUGACCCGGAGGUACAACAUCGAGGACCUGAGGGCCGCCGCCGACUGCGCCAUUCUGGAAGAGAUAGGCAUUUCGUUUGUCUCGACGCAAGCAAACGUUUGCCUGCUGGGCGAACUCGUGGUGGAAAGACCACAAAGUGGCAACUGGGAAGCAGCCGCCGGCAAGGACGGGAACGCCUCCGACGACUCCGGUCCCGACAGUGCAAUAUCUAGCGACGAACUUGAAUUAGAAGACACUCGGCAAGCUGGAGACAUCACGUCGCAAUAG